GUUGGCUUUGACGAAACGACAAAUCAAAGAUCAAGCCCCUGCGACUGCUCCUGCCACCGAGACUACGUGCAGAGACAUGUCUAAUGAACCAGACGCGGCCGUCUCCCUAUGCGACGCCAUAGUCCAUGGCAGUGUCCCGCAGUCCGAACAGCUCCUGACCUCUGAUCUGUCCUCUGCGAUCAUCUCUGCACUUCUUGCCCAAAUAUCCCAGACACGGCAUGAGAUCAGUGAAGAGAUUAUAGAAAAGAGCAGGGAUGAGGCUGGGUCGGUGGAUCAAUGGAUCUCCCAAGCAAAGAAGGUCCAGGAAGACAUCGCCCGCUGCAAACUCGAGUCCAAACGCAUUGUGGAGGAACACCGGCAACUCCAAGCUCUGAGAGACGAGGCAACAGACUAUCAACAUAAAGUUGAACUCCUCGACACGGAGAUCGGUUUUACGGAGACCCUGGGGCAAGAGCUGCAAAAUGUAUCGCUAACAAUGAAGUCAAUAAGAGAAGUCGAGGAGCGUUUGGCUAAAGAUGACCCUUGCGGAGCUGCCUCAAAGUUGCAAGAGCUGGACAACGGGCUUACAAGCAAAUUCAAGUCCAGAACAACAACUAUUAUUCGAGAUCUGAGAGAUGAGUUACGCCUAAAGACUCGCAUACAGCUGGAAACAAAGCUGAAUGCUCAGAUUGUCGUUCGGAGAGAGCCGCGGAAAGCGAGCCUUGACAUUCUCCCCAACGAGUUUGAGUCCAGUACAACCAAUUCCGACGCAAUUCUCCGAGCUCUUGACGACUUGGGUGAUGCACAAGACUCUGUUGACCCUCUAACGGAUAGGCUUCGCGCACUCCUCGUUCAGCCUCUUCAACGCACGAUCCGAUCGAAACUUUCGGCUUACCAUUUGGAGCACCAUUCCUUGAGGAUCGAGUUGAGCGCAGCUCUUCCGUCUAUAGACUUGAUCCUUGAUUUUGUCCUUGAUCUUAUAAAUUUUCUGCACACUUCUCUGCCGAAGACGAUACAGACUGCGGCAGUGAACCCAAUCCUUACGGACCUGAUGGGCAUCCUGGUAUCGGACUGGCUGAUUCUGGAGCUACCAACAGACCUUGCUAUGUUGGAUGGACUCGAUACAUUGCAACAGAGGGUGGGUGUAAUUUUGGAUAAAUUGAAAUCAUUACAAUGGACUGGACAAACUCAACUCCAAGACUGGAUGGAUGACAUCCAACGUACUUGGCUGAACAAACGCAAAGCAGCUACGCUGGACGCUGUGCGAAAAGCGUUUGCUUCUGCAAAGGGUCGCCUCAGACAGGUCGAGCGAGUGGAAAGGCAGGUCAUAUCAACAGCCUCACAAGAACCCAAAGCGGGCGAUGAUGAACCCAAUGACUGGGACACUAGCUGGGACGACGAUACCAGGGAUAAAUCGUCGACAGGAGAAGCACCAAAGGCAGGCGAGGGUGGAGAGGACGACGACACGAGCGGCUGGGGUUUUGAUGAGGAAGAGAAUAGCGAAGGGAAGGAAGAUAAACAGAAUGGCCAUGCGGCGUCUCAUGACGAGGAUGACGCGGGGGACGCAUGGGGCUGGGAUGAUGAGAGUCCUACGGAGACGAGAUCGGAGCCGGCGGUUCAGGACGUUCCUGCUGAGACGAAUGGUGCACGACCGCCCCAGGAGUUGGAACACGAGGUUACCUUGACUGAAGUCUACAGCAUCAGCGAGAUCCCAGACCACCUCAUCGAAAUAAUAGGCAAGGAUCUCUCAGAUGCUCAAACCAUCGAGGAAGCCCAACACAAGGGCCUCGACCCUUCAACAACAUCAAAGGGACUCCUUGCCCUGCCAACACUGGCUCUAGCCAUGUUCCGCGCCACGGCGCCCAGUUAUUACGGUGCAUCCUCAUCUCUGACCGACAUCCACCGCUACAAUGACUCCCUCUACAUUGCCGAGCGGCUUCGCGACAUGACCAUCCCAGCGGGCAUGCCGCAUAUCCAAACCGACAUCAAAGCCAUGGAGAAGUUCGCCAAGAUGGCAUACUCGAAAGAGAUGGAAACCCAGCGGAUCAUCGUAUGGGAUUUGCUGGAAGGGGCGCAAGGAUUCACGCUGUGCACCCAGUUUCCAUACUCACAGGAGAUCGAGAACGCCGUGUCUUCAGUCGUGGAUCGGAUCCGCACGCUGCACAAAGACUGGAAACCCAUCCUCUCGACGUCGGCGUUGAUGCAAAGCAUCGGCUCGCUGGUCACCAUGGUCAUCACCAAAGUGAUCUCCUCGGUCGAGGAGAUGGACGACAUCUCCGAGCCCGAGUCCCGCAGACUCACGGCCUUUUGCCAGCAGAUCGCCAGUCUAGAAGACCUCUUCCUCUCGACCCCUCCGGCGGCCGCGGCCGCUGCAACCACCGGCACCACCGCCGAGCAACCUCACGACCCGGUCCCCAUGGUAGCCGUGUACGUCUCCAACUGGUUGCGCUUCCAGUACCUGAUCAACAUCCUGGAGAGCUCGCUCGUCGACAUCAAGUACCUGUGGACCGAGGGCGAGCUGAGCCUGGAGUUCAGUGCCGACGAGGUGGUCGAUCUGAUCAAGGCGCUCUUUGCCGAGAGCCCGCACCGCAGGGGCGCCAUUGCCGCCAUCAAAGGCUCUCGGCUGUCUAAAUGAGCGUUGUACAAGAGCAUGGCGGUUCGACCGAGGAGAUCAGAUCUUAUAUACGUUCAUACCCAGGUACAUAAGCGCACGAAAUUUCCGAAGGAAUGAGACCGGUCCACGAAUCAAAACAUAUACAUCAUGUCACUGCUGUACGACGUCGAACGACAUAAUCUGACAAAGGCAAGAUGGGACAAGCAGCGGGAGUACAAAUACCGAUCAAGCAGGGUUCUCUUCCAAUAGCUGACGAGUUGGCUGCACAGUACUUUACCAAAUCUUCAACAAUGGUACAUGCUUUUCACUUUGACAUCUUCUGUGUUCUUCUCCACAUCCUUCUGUAAGAAUGUUGGUAUAUAUGCCCACAAGGAGAGUGCCGAGAUAGGAGAAAUGGAAGAACGCGCCUGCUAAGACGAGACAUACUUGUACACCAACGCAUCAUCGUGAAAAGCACCUGGAAUAUCCCUCGGCAUAACCUCAUAAUAAACUCCUUCAUUUUAGAUCCGAAUACUCAGUCAGGCACAUCAUAACCAAGCAAGCACCCAAACAGCCUUCCCAAAACCAAGAGGCAGAGAGUAAAAGUCUC